AGAGAAAAACAAAAUUUGUUAUAAAAACCCCGGUUUGAGUUUGCAAUCAUCACAGUCAUUAUUAGACUCUUAUCGGAAACAAACAAAAAAAAAACUAAACAUUUAAAAUGAAGGUCUUCAUCACUUUAGCUGUUGUUUGCUUAAUUGCCUCCGCCUUUGCACACCACGAAUUGAGCGAUGAAGAAAAGGCCAAAAUUAAGGCUCAUUACGAGAAAUGUGUUAAGCAAGAGAAUGUCCCCGAGGCUGAAGCCCUUAAAUUGAAAAACAAAGAAUUCGCUAAUGCCACACCAGCCAUGAAAUGUUUCGGUGCUUGCUUCCUUGAAGAGGUCGGUUUCUUGAAGGGUGAUGCUGUCCAAGAAGAUGUUGUUUUGGCCAAAUUAGUACCCCACUAUGGCGAAGAAAAUGUCAAGAAAGUUUUGGAGAAAUGCAAAAAUGAAAAGGGUGCUGAUCGUUGCGAAACCGGUUACAAAAUCUUCGAAUGUGUUGAAAAAGCUAAAGCUGAAUUAAGUCACUAAAUUGUGAAUAAGAGUGAUUCGGAAAAAGUAUUAAGAGAAUUUUAAAAUUCUAAAUAUGUUUAAAUAAAUGUUGAUAAAAGUAAAAAAA